AUGGAGUUCUUCUACUUCCUUCUGUUUGGGGCUCUCUCUGCGGUUGUGGCAGCUUUGGAGCUGAGCAAGAACAACAAAGAUCGCAUUCAUACUUCCUCUGUUUUCAAUGAUUUCAAGAACAACUACCUCCUCAUCUACUCUCUCAUGAUGGCCGGGGAUUGGUUGCAGGGUCCGUAUGUGUACUACCUCUACAGCCAGUAUGGGUUCAGCAAGGGGGAUAUUGGACAGCUUUUUAUUGCUGGGUUUGGGUCAUCCAUGUUGUUUGGGACAGUUGUGGGAUCUCUAGCUGACAAACAGGGUCGUAAGAGGGCGUGUAUUACGUACUGCAUAACUUACAUUCUAAGCUGCUUCACCAAACAUUUUCCUGACUACAAGGUUUUACUGUUGGGACGCAUAUUGGGAGGCAUUGCCACUUCUCUACUUUUUUCAGCUUUUGAGUCUUGGCUUGUUGCAGAACACAAUAAGAGGGGCUUUGAGCAGCAGUGGCUUUCAUUAACAUUCUCUAAGGCUAUUUUUCUUGGCAAUGGUCUAGUUGCCAUAGUAGCUGGGCUACUUGGGAAUCUUCUGGUAGAUACUUUGGGAUUUGGCCCAGUUGCUCCAUUUGAUGCUGCUGCAUGCUUUUUGGCAAUUGGCAUGGCAAUUAUAUUGGCAUCAUGGGGUGAAAAUUAUGGAGACUCUUCAGAAAACAAGAACUUGCUCACCCAGUUCAGGGGUGCUGCUGUAGCCAUUGCUUCCGAUGAGAAGAUUGCUUUGCUUGGUGCCAUACAGUCCCUAUUUGAAGGCUCAAUGUACACCUUUGUGUUCCUCUGGACUCCUGCUUUGAGCCCAAAUGAUGAGGAGAUUCCACAUGGUUUCAUUUUUGCAACAUUCAUGCUAGCCUCAAUGUUGGGAAGCUCUUUAGCAUCUCGGCUGAUGGCAGCUUCAUCCCCCAAAGUCGAGAGCUAUAUGCAGAUUGUAUUUGUAGUCUCUGCGGCUUCGCUUCUGCUUCCCAUUGUGACAACUUUAUUCAUUGCACCUUCCAAUGUGAAAGGUGGGAGCAUGUCAUUAUCAGGGUAUACUCAGCUCAUUGGCUUCUGCAUAUUUGAGGCCUGUGUGGGCAUAUUCUGGCCAUCCAUCAUGAAAAUGAGGUCCCAAUACAUCCCAGAGGAGGCAAGAAGCACCAUCAUGAACUUUUUCCGCAUUCCUCUCAACAUCUUUGUGUGCGUUGUGCUGUACAAUGUUGAUGCAUUUCCCAUCACCAUCAUGUUUGGUAUGUGCUCGAUUUUCCUCUCUGUGGCUGCUGCAUUGCAGAGGCGGCUUAUGGUGAUUGCUGAUGGCCCGAAAUCAAAACCAGAAGAAUGGACAACACAUGAGAGGGACACAGAAGCAGAGCCAUUAAAUGACUAA